AUGGCCUUGACGAGCUGGAAAUCAUUUCCAUUCUUCAGCACUUCGAAGGUUCCGGUCCCUGCUGAUGAGGACGGCACGUAUAUCUUCGAUAAUGAUGUUCGUUGCGUAGCAUCGAGCACAGACAGCCUCGUUCUGGGAACAAACGAUGGCUACGUGCGUGUUCUAUCCAAAGCCUUCCGCAUUUCGCAGACAUUCAAGGCAUCCGACCUUCCUAUACCAGUCAUUUACCUGCGAGCGAUUCCAGACACCGCAUUUCUCGUCACAAUUUCCGAAGAUCUGUCCAGUGACCCGUCAUUGAAGGUUUGGGCACUCGACAGAUUAGACAAGAAGACUGGACACCCGAAAUGCCUAUCUACAGUUGCGGUCCAGAAUGGGAAGAGACUGUUUCCGGUGACAGCCUGUGUUGUGCUCGACGACCUCAGUCAAGUCGCUGUUGGCUUCGCAAAUGGGUCAGUCACAGUCAUACGCGGCGAUCUGAUCCACGACCGAGGAACCAAGCAGAGGACCGUGUUCGAAUCUGAGGAUCCCAUCACAGCUCUUGCCGUACGCCAGGGCACGUUGAAAGUGCUUUACAUCGCAAAUACGGGAAGACUCUCAAGUAUUGUCAUCUCUGGCAAAGGGCAGGGCCAGGCAGUCCGUACGAUCGAUAAUCGCGGCUGUGACGUUGGAUGCAUGACUCAGGAUCCUGAGACGGAAGACAUCGUUGUGGCGAGGAAUGACGCCAUCUACUACUACGGUCCGAAUGGUAGAGGGCCAUCGUAUGCCUUCGAAGGACCCAAGACGAAAGUACUAAUCUACAAAGAUUACGUUGCUGUGAUUUGUCCGCCACGCGUUGCACAACUGUCCAAGUCGAAGCAAUUUCGACAGUUAGGUGGCGAGGAAGUGGACGACCUAUUCACGACGAGUUCACUUACGCUAUUGGACACUGACCUGAAAUUUGUGGCUCACAACGAGUCUCUGUCUGCUCAAAUUAAAGACGUGUUCGUUGUUUGGAACGAGCUAUUUCUGCUUACAGCAGACGGCAAAGUUCUGCGGUACCAGGAGAAGACUCUGCAGCAAAAGUUAGAGAUCCUAUAUCAGCGGAACCUUUACAUCUAUGCCAUCAACCUCGCUCAGAAGAGCGGAGCGGACAAGAUGCAGCAGAACAUCAUUUUCCGAAAGUAUGGCGACUUCCUCUACCAGAAGGGAGACUACGAUACAGCAAUGCAGCAAUAUCUGAGAGCCAUCGACAAUACGGAGCCUUCGCAGGUCAUUCGUAAGUUCCUCGAUACUCAGCGGAUACACAACCUUGUCGACUACCUGGAAGAACUACACGAGCACGACAAAGCCACAGCGGAUCACACAACGCUACUCCUCAACUGCUAUGCGAAGCUCAAGGACACCGAAAAAUUGGACGCCUUCAUCCGCACGCCUGGCGAACUCAAGUUCGAUCUGGACACCGCCAUAGCGAUGUGUCGGCAAGGUGGCUACUCAGAUCAAGCAGCUUAUCUGGCAACCAAACAUGGCGAGAAUGAGCUCGUCAUUGAUAUUCUGAUCGAAGAUUCCAAGAAGUACGCAGAGGCUCUGCAAUACAUUUGGCGACUGCCUGCAGACGCUGCUUUUCCGAUGCUCAUGAAGUACGCUCGUAGUCUGCUACAUCAUUGCCCGGACGAGACCUCGAGGCUGUUCAUUGACUACUACACAGGCCGCUACGAACCCAAACAGGACGUACCUGCUGUGGAAGACGUGCAAGCUCAGAGUGGUGGAGGAGCUUCUCAAUACCUGUCGGCCCUGUGGCAGGUGCCGUUUAUGAGCCGGCAAGGGACUUCAGAUUCCACGAAAGUGCAGUCGCCGCCGGACGCCAAUGGUGCUGAUGUCGCGGAGGAAGCCACGCCUGAGCCAACAUAUACCCCACCGAGACCAAGAACGGCCUUUUCUGCCUUCAUCGACAGCCCGACUAAGUUUAUCAUUUUCCUCGAAGCAUUGAUGGAGCAGCCAAAUCUGUCUUCCGCAGAUCGAUCCGAUCUCGCGACUACUCUGUUCGAGAUGUACCUCGAUGCUUCACGAGACACACGAAAUGCAGCUCAGAAAUCCGCUUUGGAAGCGAAGGCCACGAAACUUAUCGUUGGAGAUGUUGGUAGCAGAAGCUCUACCAAAUCGAGCAUUGACACCUCCAAUGUGUUACUACUCUCCUCACUUUCCAAGUUCCCAGCAGGAACUACUUUGGUGCGGGAACGAGCGAGCAUGUAUGCAGACAUCUUUCGCUCCUACACAUCCACGAAAGACACCCAAGGUGCGAUAUCGGCCCUUCGGAAAUAUGGGCCUGAGGAUCUCAAUUUGUAUCCGCUAGCGUUGAUCUACCUGUCCUCGUCGCCUGGUAUACUAGCGGAGUCAGGGGUACGUGAAGAGCUUCAGACUGUCCUUCGAAGAAUCGACCAGGAAAAUCUUCUGGCGCCGCUACAGGUUGUUAAGAUACUAUCGCAGGGCGGAGCUGUCAAUAUUGGGAUGGUCAAAGACUACUUGUCUGACAAUCUCGCCCGGGAGCGGAAAGAGAUACAGACAAAUCGGCGUCUUGUUGAGUCAUAUCGAAAAGAAACGGAUUCGAAGCGGGCAGAAAUUGAAGACUUGGGUACCAAGCCGAUGGUCUUCCAAGCCAGACGAUGCUCUGCUUGCACGCGCAACCUGACGUUGCCCACUGUGCACUUCCUCUGUAAGCAUUCGUUCCAUCAGGAGUGCCUCAACAAGAACGCUGUGGGACAAGAUGAGGACGACAAGGCUGAAUGUCCCUUGUGCAAACCGGGUAACGACACGAUUAAAGCAAUUCGUCGACAGCAGGUCGAAAGCACAGAACAGCACGACUUGUUCAAAGCUGCACUCGGCCGGAGCACGAACCGCUUCGGCACAGUGAGCGAGUUUUUUGGCCGUGGAGUGAUGGCUGUUCCAGUCAGUGAGUGA